CUCGGGAGUCUAUAAAGCCCGGCUACACGCGGCCCGCUCGGCUGGACUCCCCCAGCCGAAGCCAGCCCCGCCGAGCCGAGCGGAGCGAGCGCAGCCCCCCGAGGGGCGCCGGGCGCCGGAGCCAUGACCCUCCGCCGACUCAGGAAGCUGCAGCAGAAGGAGGAGGCGGCGGCCGCUCCGGACCCCGCUGGCCGGGCUCCCGACUCGGAAGCGGCUCGUGCCGCGCCGGCCCCGGCUCCGGCCCCCGCGGGCCCCCCAGCUGCCGCCGCUCCGCCUGGAGCCAACCCGGGAGACGAGCUGUACGCGGCGCUGGAGGACUACCACCCGGCGGAGCUGUACCGUGCGCUCGCGGUGUCCGGGGGCACCCUGCCCCGCCGAAAGGGCUCAGGAUUCCGUCGGAAGAAUUUCAGCCAGAGUCCUGAACAGCAGCGGAAGGUGCUGACUUUGGAGAAGACAGACAACCAGACCUUCGGCUUUGAAAUCCAGACUUACGGCCUUCACCACCGGGAGGAGCAGCGUGUAGAGAUGGUGACUUUCGUCUGCCGAGUUCACGAGUCCAGCCCUGCCCAGCUGGCUGGGCUCACACCAGGGGACACCAUCGCCAGCGUCAACGGUCUCAAUGUGGAAGGCAUCCGGCACCGAGAGAUUGUUGAUAUCAUCAAGGCAUCCGGCAACGUUCUCAGACUGGAAACUCUGUAUGGGACGUCCAUUCGGAAGGCAGAACUGGAGGCGCGCCUGCAGUACCUUAAGCAAACCCUGUAUGAGAAGUGGGGAGAGUACCGAUCGCUGAUGGUUCAGGAGCAGCGCCUAGUACAUGGCCUGGUGGUGAAGGACCCAAGCAUCUAUGACACACUGGAGUCGGUGCGCUCCUGCCUCUACGGCGCUGGCCUGCUCCCUGGCUCGCUGCCCUUUGGGCCGCUCCUCGCUGCGCCUGGGGGUCCCCGCGGGAGCGCGCGGCGCGCCAAGGGGGACGCCGACGACGCCGUGUACCACACUUGCUUCUUCGGGGCCCUGUGCGGCGCCGCCGGCCUGCGCAAGACCAAGUACCGCAGCUUCCGCCGGCGGCUGCUCAAGUUCAUCCCCGGACUCAACCGCUCCCUGGAGGAAGAGGAGAGCCAGCUGUAGGGGCGCGGGUGGGCAGGCGGGAGGUAUUUAUUUAUUUAUUCGUCCUAACAGCCAGUGCGAAAAGUGGGGGCAGGAGUGCCGAGUGCCGGCCCAAGGACCCCAGGAGCCCAAAGCUGCGGGAGAGGGUCCUUGGCUAGCUCUGGCCGACGGUCUGGUCGGUGCACGGGUUGUCUCUGCGGAGGAAAAGGGGAGCCCGGUUGCUUUCUUCCUUCCCCUACACCACAUCAGGAUCUCUGCAGGGGGAGGGAGACACUGGGAGUUGGGAGAGGUCUGGGGGACCAAAGAGGGCUGUGCGGGCCUACAGUCUGGGUCAGUUGUGCCUUGUGGGGGCCCUGUCCCAAGAAGCCCUCUCCAAAAGCUCUACUUGCUCCCCAACCCUUCGCCUUGGGGAGAGGAGAUCCGUCAUGGGUCAUUCCCCGCCCUACACAGACAGACAGACAGACAGACACACACACACAUACACAUACACACACACACACACACCAAUGGACCAGUUGGUAUCCAGGGGGCAAGGUGCUGGUUACUCCCCUGCAGCCUUGACCCCUAAGGGCUUAGCCCCUCUCCAGGGGCCUGUAACUAAGUGGGUCUUGCCAGGCAGUGGUCCUGGGUCCUGUGCUCCUUGGGGAGCAGGAAGGAGUUCGUUCAGGUGGGGUGGGGCAGCCUGGACUGUGCCACCGUUUGUUUUUUUUUUUUUGGCAUAUGUUGCUUCUGAACCACAAACUGUAUAAAAUUGAUGGUUUUUUGCA